AUGGGUGCCAUUGAUGCGUCAUGCCUUACGUGGGAGGGUCAGCAAUUCCAGGGAAAAGCGGCAAUUGUCGAAAAGCUUUCCAGCCUGCCCUUCACAAAAAUAGCUCACAGCAUCACAGCACAAGACCAUCAGCCCACCCCUGAUAGCUGCAUAUUGAGUAUGGUAGUAGGCCAACUAAAAGCAGAUGAUGACCCCAUCAUGGGAUUCCAUCAGAGCUUCAUCCUGAAGAACAUUAACGAGGCGUGGGUUUGCACCAAUGACAUGUUCCGCCUGGCGCUGCACAAUUUUGGUUAAACGCCCCAUGGCUAGCAGGAGGGAAGUGGGGGAAGGUGGAGGAUGGGGUUCUACCCUGAUGACGCCCAAACCUGUCAAUCAGCCCUUCAUUCAUCACACUCGAGAGAAACGCCACCGGAUUACAGCGGUCAAUCACAGAAAACGUGCAGGCACAUACAGUACUGCCUCUACUACAGAAAUGACAUGUUUCUUUGCUGAAAGCCCACACAUCCAUCAAACUGACCCUUUUCCUUCCUGCAACCUGCAUGAUGAUGGGGAGCUUAAAUAUCAGAGGACGCCCUGACCAGGACAAAUUCGUAUUAACCUAACCUCGGCUGUUUGAUAUUUACAUUUUAGUUGCUGAUUUUGACUCUGAAAUAACAACUGUCGUACUGUCUUUCUUUGCUUUAGUACAAAGUGUGUUCAGCUUGUUUUUAGAAUAUGCCCAUUGAAGUUUAAUCUUUUUUUUUUUUUUUUUUU